CACCAACCCGUCUUGAAUGUUAUCCAGGCUGGCGAAUGUUUCGGGGAUUAGCUAAUAAAGCACACAAUGGCAGCAAGGAUUCUGUGUGGGAUCGCAGGUCAUUUUGGCUGGUAAUUUAAAAGCGUGUUUUGUAAGUUGGUUUCAAUUUGACAUGAGCCAUAAUUGCCCUCUUCAGUGGCCAUUGAUAGAAUUGCGAUAGACUUCACGGUCUGCUACAUCCAUCAUUUCGCGCAGGAUGUAGCGCUUCAAGAUCCAGCAAGAGACACGAUUUAGCUCUUCAGCCUAUCGAAGCGUUUUCUAAUUGCCAUAUUUGCAUGUUACGUGUCUUUAAACUAAAUAAGUGACUGUGCCUUCAGUGAGCUUCCCUUUCCAUCGCUUUAUUGGCGAGUGUUUUUCUGCCUGAGACACGUCGUAUUAAGGACUCUUCCACUCGAGGUGCAAGCCUUUGUGCUGGCUUCUCAAGCCACUGCCACUUCUUAAGGAGUUUAAUUGCUUAUUGUUGGCUGCAGACUCAACCCUGACUAUUGCAUCUAAACAGGACUCAGGGCUCGUCCCUCCAGGAGAGCUGAUCUCUACAGCCGCCUUCUCUUUCCUUCCAGUAAAUUCUUUACUGUCCACCCAUCAGCGGAAUAUUGGAGGAAAAAACGGGAUCCAAGGUCUGUGACUUUCUGAACUGAUGGCAUCCUCAGCUCCAUCCUCCUCUACCGCCACUCAGGACCCCACCCCAACUAAUUUACGACCCACAACCUACGACACGUGGUGCGGGGUGGCCCAUGGCUGCACCAGGAAAAUCGGGCUCAAGAUCUGUGGGUUCUUGCAACGGAACAACAGCCUGGAGGACAAGAGCCGGAUCGUGAGCUCCCUGAAGGAAAGGCAGUCCUCCAAGAACCUGCUGGCCUGCGAGAACAGCGAGAAGGAAUCCAGGUUCAGGCGGACCGAGACGGACUUCUCCAACCUGUACGCCAGAGACCUCCUGCCCGCCAAGAAUGGCGAGGAGCAGACCGUGCAGUUCCUGCUGGAGGUGCUGGACAUCCUCCUCAACUACGUGCGCAAGACCUUCGACCGCUCCACCAAGGUGCUGGACUUCCACCACCCGCACCAGCUGCUGGAGGGCAUGGAGGGCUUCAACCUGGAGCUGUCCGACAACCCCGAGUCGCUGGAGCAGAUCCUGGUGGACUGCAGGGACACCCUGAAGUACGGGGUGCGCACAGGUCAUCCUCGGUUUUUCAACCAGCUUUCCACUGGGCUGGAUAUUAUUGGUUUGGCUGGCGAAUGGCUGACGUCAACUGCUAAUACAAACAUGUUUACAUAUGAAAUUGCACCUGUUUUUGUCCUCAUGGAGCAGAUAACACUUCGGAAGAUGAGAGAGAUUAUUGGAUGGUCAAAUAAGGAUGGUGAUGGAAUAUUCUCACCUGGGGGGGCUAUAUCCAAUAUGUACAGCAUCAUGGCUGCUCGUUACAAGUAUUUCCCUGAAGUCAAAACAAAAGGAAUGGCUGCUGUUCCUAAACUGGUCCUCUUUACUUCAGAACAUAGUCACUACUCAAUAAAGAAAGCUGGGUCUGCACUUGGGUUUGGAACAGACAAUGUGAUUUUGAUAAAAUGUAAUGAAAGAGGGAAAAUAAUACCAGCUGAUUUGGAAGCAAAAAUUCUGGAAGCUAAGGAAAAGGGAUAUGUUCCACUGUAUGUUAAUGCAACUGCAGGCACAACAGUAUAUGGAGCCUUUGAUCCAAUACAGGAGAUUGCAGAUAUAUGUGAAAAAUAUAACCUCUGGCUCCAUGUGGAUGCUGCUUGGGGAGGUGGACUCCUAAUGUCCAGGAAGCAUCGCCAUAAACUGAAUGGAAUAGAAAGAGUCAACUCAGUCACAUGGAAUCCACACAAGAUGAUGGGAGUCUUGUUGCAAUGCUCUGCCAUUCUUAUUCGGGAAAAGGGUAUACUUCAAGGUUGCAAUCAGAUGUGUGCAGGAUAUCUGUUUCAGCAAGACAAGCAGUAUGAUAUAUCCUAUGACACUGGAGAUAAGGCAAUACAAUGUGGUCGUCAUGUGGACAUUUUCAAAUUCUGGUUGAUGUGGAAGGCAAAGGGUACAGUAGGAUUUGAAAAUCAGAUCAACAAAUGUCUGGAAUUGUCAGAGUACCUCUAUACUAAAAUUAAAAACAGGGAAGAAUUUGAGAUGGUUUUUGAUGGAGAGCCUGAACACACAAAUGUAUGUUUCUGGUACAUUCCACCAAGUCUCAGGGGCAUGCCAGAUUGUGAAGAGAGAAGAGAAAAGCUACACAGGGUGGCACCGAAAAUCAAAGCACUGAUGAUGGAGUCAGGUACAACAAUGGUUGGAUAUCAGCCUCAGGGAGAUAAAGUCAACUUCUUCCGAAUGGUUGUCUCAAACCCGGCAGCAACUAAGUCCGACAUUGACUUCCUCAUUGAGGAAAUAGAAAGAUUGGGGCAGGAUCUGUAGUACACUUGACAAACGAUUUAUUUCUCUAACAUACUGUUUUCCAGCACUGGCUAUUUUUAUCCAGUUCUGCAGAACAUGUUUUAAGGAAGUUCCCUUUCUAAAUGUUCCAUUCUCCUAAGAUGCUCUAAAACAAAAAAUCUAUAGGUUACUGAAAAAUGUGUGUUGGUAAGUCAUUUUACAGAGGGGAAAUAUAUUAUCUUGAAGUAUACUAUUGAUCCUUAUUUUAGUCCGUUUAUUAUAGUCAACAGAAAAUUCGUAAGUACUAAAAUUAAGAACUCUGCACAAUAUAUGUACAGUUUAAAUAUAUAUAUAUACACACACACGUGCUUAUAACUUAGAACUAAGCCACAGCAUGUUUUCCACUUUAAGAGAAUUAACUUUUCCUUCAACAAUUAAUGAUGUGGAUAAUGUGCUACAGAACCAUCUGCCAGAUGAAAACAGAUGUAAGGAAACAUUUUUAAAAAUAUAGAUUCUUAGGAACUAAGGAAAAUGUUUAAUAGCAUUAAUCUCUAUUGUUGGUGCUCUUCUUGCAUACAAAAUAACAAAACCUGAAAGCACCAUCCAGUAAAAUAGUUAUACCUCCCCUUUAGUGUCAUAUCAGGGGAUAAUUGUAGCAGAGUCAUUGUAACAAGUAUAUUAUUGCUGUAUUUUUAGAGAUUAAUUUGUGUAGAUUGUAUACAUUAUUGUUAAAUGACUUUGUGUAAAAGGAAUUAAAUGUAAUAGUUUUACAGCAAGAUAACUGUUCAAUUGUAGGUAUAUGAAAUAUUUGCUUAUUUAUAUGCAGAGAUUUACCAUGCUAAAGAGUUGUCUUGUAUUUUCUUCCAUUUGUAAUGUAUCCUAUUUAUAUAUUAUUGAAGUUCUAAAUAAUGUUUAUGGUAUUUUAGUGUAUUUGUGAGCCAAAGAAAAGAUAAGAAAUAUUAGUUGACACUUUCAUUUAUAUAAUAGUGACCUUAAAAUAAUAACUCACAGAUAAUUUACUAACUAUAAGGAACUCUAACAUUGUAUAUAGACUCUAGUACGAUGAAAUCCCUUUAAUUUAUUAAUUGUAAUGUCUGGCUGUAUGUCCAGUGUUCUGAAUGCUUUUGUAGUUACUGGUCAUUAUUGGUUGCUAAUCAAGGCCCCUGUAUUUUCAGUGUAGUUAAGGAUCAAUCCCUGAGAACCUUUAAACUCUAUUCUGUGACAAGAUUCCCAACAGUCCAUAGCAAUUCCAUGAGAGCGUUAACUAGGCUCAUUAUCAAUGUAUAGAAGUCACUAUGUACUUUGGAGUUUACAGGAAAGGAAAACAGAAACUCACCACGGAACUAAACUACACAUUAAACUAGCUUGUCAAAAGAGUUGAAAAUAAUCAGACAUUUCAAUAUAGGUUCCAGAGUUAUCUGCAGCCUGUUCAGUUUUAUUCAGUAGGUUAUCAGGAUUACAAAGUACAUGAUUUCAUACUAGCAGACAAGUACAGGAGCAGAACUGAUUAAAGGUUCCAUAGUCCUUACUCUACAGAUUGACUAUUGUAGUGAUAAUUGAAACCUACUGAUUCAAAAUAUUUUCAAAUAUGCUGCUAUGUGUGCACAUCUUCAAUUAGCUGCUUUUCUUUCAAAUAUGCAAUAAAAUUUAAUUGCAUUAGAAAUAUUCUGUGGCAGGAUUGCAAAGAAUCAUAUUUUUAUGUAAGACUAUAGCAAUAAUCUGCUGAAAGGACCAUCAAACUUAUUAUUAUUAUUACCAAUACUGGUAUGAGAGCCUCACCCCUACUUUGGCCCUCUUCGUAGCAGGUCAAAGAGCUGCAGAGGCAUCACAUGGGCCGUUAAUGGGCAGGAAAGGAUUCCCUCCAGCAGGCACUGCAGCAGACUUUGGUAAGUUUGUCUUCAGAGGAUCUCAUCAGAAGUCCUAGCUAAGCAGGCAUGUUAAGAGCCAGGCCAGUGAAUGGAGGGAUCUGUCAGCACUAAAUCACAAGGCAGAAGUAUGGUCCAUGCAGCAGAUCCGGGAGGCUGUUGUUACUCACGCAGCUCCCCAGGGCUGCCAUAAAUUAUGCUGAGGGUUUCUCCAGCCCCCAGAGUAGUCCAGGAUUGGGAGGCACAAGGAUCACUUAAAGCUACAUUCUACCUUCUGCCACUUAGUGCCACAGCACAAAAUUUCAUCCUAGAUCUUUAAAGUCAAUUAACUGUUGGACUUUCAAAACGUCAUGUCUGUGCUUUCUUAUGUAGCCAAGAAACCCUGUGAAAUUUUGACAUCAUGGAUAUAGGAAAGACUAAGAAAUCUGUUUGAAGAUUUGAAUAUGUGUAGGCCCAAACAACUUUCCACAGACAGAGAUUCUAAUUCUGAAGCACAAGUGCUUCUUUCUAUUACUAGGGAACUUUCAAAAUUUACAUGAAUAACUUUUGGAUGGAAGGAAUUACUUUUCAAGCACUGUUUCUCCCUGUUUUUCCUAGAGACAUGGCACACCUCUGUCCAACUUUACCCUCCUGUAAAGCUAUUUCUAGAAAUCAAUAUUUUCAUGCUGUUAUUCCUCAGGGCAGACAAGUUCAAGGCUUCUUGCAAUUCCAUUGUCCUCUUCUUUUUUCUUCUGUCAAUAACAUGCAGAGGAUGACAAAGCAUGUUACCCAUUUUCAAAGCCUUUGCGACCUCUUAGUAAUCCCACUAAUACACUGGUCUUUCCAUUAGUUCUUCCCUUCUUAAAACCAUAUUUUUACUCCAUACAGUUGUUCAGGAGAUUAUAGUUCACCAUGUGUCUUCAGUCUUGGACUUCAGCCUUUCAGAAUUAAUAUUCCUAGCACUUUCCUGCCUUUAAUACUAGCACCCUUAAAAAAGGUCUGAUUUCUAAUAUUACAGAUUACAGAUUAGUCACCUCUGGCAUUGGAUAUGUAUGAUGUCAACUUCUUUGUUCUUAAAUAUCUUCUUUACAGAUAUACACUUCCUCAUUAAAUCCAGAAUACGUGGAAUUUGAACACAUCUUGAAGCACAAGAUGUUAGUUUUGAGUACUUUUUGAAUAAAGUGAAAUACUUUAUUCAAAAACCUACUGCAGAAGACUGCAGGAUCUAUUCUAAUCCUCAAAAAUAGUAUGAACUACGAUGAUCAGAGCCAAGAUGCCUGACUACUGACACAGCCUUGGAUGGUGAUUCUAUGUCUUCCACACAAAACAUCAGCAGAGUCACUUGUAGUUCCUUUGACCAGUUCCUAGUCUAGAGAUUCUGGCCUUCUGCAUAUCCUUACAUCUAGAUAUAUAAGAUGUAAUCUUCAUACUUUAUGCUCUAAACCUGUAAUUUUAACUUCAUGGCCUUUUUGUCUAGAUUUGCACCAUCAUAUAAUAAUAGUAAAAAUAAUCUUCACCUUUAUAUUUGAAGAACUCUAUAAACUUUAGAAACAUAUGAGGUGAGUAAGUAUCAUUAUCUUAUUUAACAAAUAGGGAAACUAUAAGAGAAGGAGACAGAGUUUCUGCCCAAAACUAUACAUCAAGUGCUGAAUGCUCUUAUGAUGUAGCUGGGAACAAAACCUAGCUCUGAGUAUUGUAUAAACUGUACUUUGCUAGAAAAUGCUGCUUCUCUACUUGGCAAAGUGUCUUAGCAGGUCAGAAACACCAGGGAUCCUAGUACUAUCAAUGAUAGUUUGAAUCCAGAACAGAAUCCUGGUCUGUAUUAUAGAACUGUGAAAUUUCCCACUGACAUUCUACUCACAACCAAGAGUGGUAAUUUUAUCUCUAGAUAUAGACCAUUAUAUAUGGUCUCUGACUUUCUGAUAGUUCUGUAUCUUAAUUUUGCAGUAGAUGAUGCUCACAGAUAGUUCCUUGUGUAUCCUUUUAAGGCUAUUAUCAGCCUUUAGACUACUUAUGGCUGUCAGUUUCUAUGGGCACAGUGUCCAUAUUUACCCCCAACCUGGAGAGAUGAUUUAACAGAGCUUUUUCUAGAUCUGGCCAUGGUCAUCAAUACAACAGAUCAUCUCCAUUUCAUUUUAGUAGGCAAUCCUAAUCUGAGUUAUAUUCUACAGUUUACCAAAGUCCUUCCUGGAGCUUUCCUGUUCUUAAAGCCACAUGCUAUUGCGUAUGGGAGAUCAGAAAGUAUGACUCUACAGAAGAUAUGGCUAAUUCAGAGAAUUACAGGCGAGUAACUCAGUUUCCCAUAUGUAACAGUACUCUAAAGUUCUGAUUUCUUCUUUAAAAUCUUAUUGACAAUCACUGCAGUGUUAAGAUGGAUGAACUUGAAAUAAAUGACCAAUGCAGAGGGCAUAUGCUAACAGAAAGUUGUUGCCGCAGUGUUUAUUAGUUGAUGUAAUAGAUUUGGGAAAAGAUGACCAUUGGGAAAAGCUGCUGUAGAUUUUAAGCAGGAAAAGUUCUCAUUUCAGUAGAGAGAAACUCUGUUUUGAAGAACAUGGUUAGAUUGAUGGCAGACAGAAACAGGGGCCUUGAGAGUAGCCCAGAAUUUAAAAAUAUAUAUAAUUUAUUCAGGGCACAAUCUGUUUUUUGAAUGGUGACAAAUAAGAGAUUUUUUAAACAGAAUCUCUGUGUUUUGUGGUUAAAAGAAAUGUUGAAAUUCUAAAGAUGAUAUGCAAUGCAGUUUUAAUUUUUCAAUAAAAGUUUAUCUUAAAACUG